CACUAUUCGUAGAAUUCUUAUCUGAGAAUUUGUUAUUGUCCGCCUAUUAAUUCAUUUUUCGUUCUAUUUUUACUACAUCAGUUCUCAUCUUUGAUUGAGAAGUGAAAGUUCUAACAAUAAUUUUUUUUUACAAAUUAAUAAGGUUACGUUUGGGGUGCAGUUAUGGCUGAUAAAAAUCGGUUGCUAUCAACGCAUUUAAAGGCGGAAAAAUCGUUGCUAGUUGAUGGCUAUGAUUGUUUAAUACUAGUUUAUUGGUCUAAUCAAACUUUAAAAGAGGAUUUUUUACGCGAAGCUGUUGAUACUCUAUUGCAAAUAGAUCCUAGCUUAAAAACAGAGAUUGCAAUUCAUGUACUACCAUCAGUUCCUGCCGGUCGAUUGGUUUUUGCACCUACUGGCCCUUUGGACGAAGACUAUGAUGACGUUCGUUCUUUUGGCGAAACUGCAGCAAAAGGAAUUCGAAGAGCAAUCAAAGCCAGAUUUAGAAGGCCUUUACUGUAUUUACAAAAACAUCCGACUUUUAAAAAUGCUGAAUUGGUCAGUAUUUUAGGAGCGUUAGAAUCUACUUACGUGAAUAUUCAAGUACGUGAGUACCGACCGGAUGGUUACCCAAAAUUAGAUUUUCUGGGAGUAUAUACCGAGGAUUUCGAGAAAACCGAAAAACUUAUAAACCUGGCGAGUGUGUUAGAAUCUGGACGAUACGUCGCAAGGGACAUAGGAGGGGCAGAUCCAGAAAGAAUGACCCCACCGAGAAUACAGGAGUAUGUGGAAGAUCUUUUCAAAAACACAGACAUAAAAAUCAAUGUAAUCAGCGAUGUCGAUGUUUUUUCUAAAGAUUAUCCACUUUUCGAAGCUGUUAACAGGGCAGCGAGCAAUAUAGACAGACAUAAAGGACGUAUUAUAUAUUUAGAGUAUGUACCACAGGAUCCGUCGAAGAUCACAGAGACCCUGUUUUUGGUCGGAAAAGGUGUGACAUAUGACACUGGAGGCGCAAAUAUUAAAACCGGAGGCGCAAUGGCUGGUAUGUCCUACGACAAAUGUGGAGCUGCUGCCGUUGUCGGAUUUUUUCAAGUUGUUCAGAGUUUGAAACCUGAAAACAUAAGAGUGGUUGGGGCCCUGGCCGUUGUACGCAACAGCGUCGGCUCUGAUGCUUAUGUAUCAGAUGAAUUAAUUCAAUCCAGAUCUGGAGCCCUUGUAAGAGUUACAAAUACCGAUGCUGAAGGACGUAUGAUAAUGGCGGAUGUUUUGUGUAAGCUGAAGGAAGAAGCAGUUCAUGCAGUUAAUCCUCACCUUUUCACAAUUGCAACGUUGACCGGACAUGCCGCAUUGUCUGCCGGCGAAUACACCAUAGUUAUUGACAAUGGCCCAGCAAGAAAAGCUGGCACAGCCUAUAAAUUACAAAACGCGGGUGAAGAAAUAGGAGAUCCCUUCGAAGUUUCCAUUUUCCGCAGGGACGAAUUGUUAUUCCCUAAAGGAAGAUCGGACGAAGAAGAUAUUGUUCAAAGCAGACAGCUAGCAUCAUCUGCAAGAACUUCCAGAGGACAUCAAGGGCCUGCCGGAUUUUUGUUAUUGGCCUCAGGGCUAGAAAAACAUGGAUCCGCCGAUUCAAAACCUCUCAAAUUCACUCACAUCGAUAUCGCUGGUUCUGCAGGAAAUUUUCCUCAUCCUUCUACAGGUACUCCAGUCCUGGCUUUGGCUAACGCUUUUUUACUUAACUGAUAUUGAAACGAACGUCACCGAUAUCUGUCUUAUAUUGUAAAAGCUUAUAAAUAAUAAAAUUUCUAAGCUA